ACCCGCCGCGCCGACAACAGAGCGAGAUGUUCCGAAACAACUGAUCGAUAAUUUCUGCUUUACCAAAUUCCCUUGCCAAAGGCUUGUGAGCCCGCCAGAUCUACAAAAUGGCAGCGUUCACUGCUUCAGGAAGCGUACUCCGGGGCAUUGGUGCUCGCUUUUCUUCGUCGGAACUGUUCACCUGUCGACAAUGUUUACGAAAUCGCGGUUACGCUGGCAGACCCUUCAGCAACAGGGCCUCGACACCUCUAUCAUCGCAGCAGUCAGAGAGGCUCAAUUCCUAUAUUUCGACAUUGAGAAGCAAACUCAGAACCUCCUUCAUCCCUCGGAAAGCUCUACUGUCGACCGCGACAACAGCUCAACCAGCAAAAGAAGGGGUCGCGAAGAUUAAAUCUAGCUUUUUCCCGGAUGUCAGCAGCAAAUCUGUCGCAUACUGGCUCCUGGGCAGCGCUGUGAGCGUGUUUGGAAUUGUGAUCUUCGGUGGGCUCACCAGAUUAACGGAAUCUGGACUCAGCAUCACAGAAUGGAGACCAGUCACCGGCUCGUUACCCCCAAUGAACAACGAGGACUGGGAGGCUGAGUUCACGAAAUACCGAUCCUCUCCCGAGUACAAAAUCUUGAACCCUAACAUGAAUUUGGACGAGUUCAAAUCGAUUUAUUAUAUGGAAUGGAUCCAUAGGCUUUGGGGCAGGUUUGUGGGGAUGUCAUUUGUCAUUCCUGCAGUCUAUUUCGUUGCCAGGAAGAAAGUCUCCAAGCCAAUGGCCUUGCGUCUAGCUGGUAUAUCAGGCCUUAUUGGGUUCCAGGGUUUUAUCGGAUGGUGGAUGGUGAAAUCAGGCUUGAAAGACGAUCUUUUUGCUCCGGGCAGCCAUCCAAGAGUCAGCCAGUAUCGCCUAACUGCUCAUCUUGCCGCUGCAUUCACCUGCUAUGUAGCCAUGCUCUGGAACGGCCUUGCAAUCUUGAGAUCCCACCGACUAUUAGCUAAGCCCGCGGCUGGUAUCUACGAGCUCAAGGACUUGAAACACCCAAAGCUAGCACUCUUCCGUCGAUCUGUUGCUGGCCUUACCCUCCUUGUUUUCAUUACCGCAAUGUCCGGUGCACUUGUUGCUGGCCUUGAUGCUGGUCUCAUCUACAACGAAUUCCCCUAUAUGGGCAAUGGCUUGACGCCACCAAAAGCCGAACUGUUCGAUGGGAAAUACUCCCGGCACUCCGACCACUCUGAUCUGUGGUGGAGAAACAUGCUUGAGAAUCCGUCAUUGGUACAGCUCGAUCAUCGUAUCCUUGCCACAACCACGUUCACUGCUGUGAUGGCUUUGUGGGCAUAUUCCAAAACUCCAUCCAUGAAAAAGCUCCUGCCGCGUGUCGCGAAGAAAGGUGUUCACGGUGUCGUCGCUUUCACCUUUGUGCAGGUAGCUCUGGGAAUCUCAACCUUGAUUUACCUUGUGCCCACGCAUCUUGCCUCUACUCAUCAAGCAGGAAGCCUGUUCCUGCUGACCUGGACUCUUGUACUUGGUAGCAGGGUUUGGCACCCAUCAAGGACCGCCAAGUUGUUGCAGAUGAUUGUGAGGAAUAAGACACGGCCCAUUACUACAUCUGCUGUUAAUGCGGCAACGAAGUGAGCCCUUCAGGUAUAAGUCUGUAUAUGUUCCUGAGUACUGAUUUUAGUUUGUCUCGCACAUAUUUUGUAUAACACUCCUCUCAUGUAUACUUAGCUCUCUUGUCUUGGUACAUAGACCUCGGAAUAUAUAACAUCACCUAGACAUC